AUGGCACCUAUAGAGGCUCCACAGCUGGCGAUCCCAGGGCAGCCAUUUCCUGAAAGUUCAGGGCUUUCCAAUGACGGUCUCACGGCGCCAAACGGCCCAGAAAUGGUUCAGCAACAGCAGGUGCGUCAAAGAAGUGAUAUGGACGAGAAAUUCGAUGAAUUCUUGGGUCUCAUGGGUCGACACCCUGUUCUAACAGGCGUGGGUGGGUUUUUAGGACUAUAUUUUGCCGCUGGUGCUUUCAAAAGCGUUUCCAGAAUGCUGGGAGGCGGGAAAACGGGAGUGCAAUUCUUGAAAGGUGGAUUCGACGGGAAGAUGAACUCUAAGGAGGCCAUGCAGAUUCUGAAUUUGAACGAAAGCAACCUGAACCGCAAAAAACUGAAAGAGGUCCACAGACGCAUCAUGUUGGCAAAUCAUCCGGACAAAGGUGGGAGUCCGUACCUGGCCACGAAGAUCAACGAAGCGAAGGACUUUCUCGAGAAGAGAGGAUUGAGGAAAUAA